AUGAGUAGGAGUUGGAUGGCGAAAGAUAUGUUAUCAAAAGAAUAUGAAGAUGGAGUUGAGAGCUUUAUUGAAAUAGCCUUGAAAAAUACAGUGGAUCCAAAGAGAGUUCAUUGUCCAUGUCAAAAAUGUUCUAAUUUGAAAAAAUUGGAUAUAAAGGAAAUAAAAAAUAAUUUGUAUUUCAAUGGAAUAGACAAAACUUAUGUUAAGUGGAUAUGGCAUGGAGAACAAGUUGAGUCUACCCCCAAAGUACACAAUGAAAAUAAAGAAUUUUCUCAAGUGUUUGAUGACCCUAUAGACAUGGUGAGAGAUGUAGAUGAUCGAUUUGUGGAUAGGCCAGAAGAAUUUGUAAAGUUCUUAGGAGAUGCAGAGAAACCAAUUUUUCGAGGGUCACGUAUGUCAAAGUUGGUUGUUUUGGUAAAAUUAUACAAUUUAAAAGCUAGUAGUGGUUGGAGUGACAUAAGUUUCACAAACUUGCUUGAUUUGACGAAGGAGAUUUUACCAAAAGACAAUGAGAUGCCUUCUUCCCUUUAUGAGGCAAAAAAAACUCUAUGCACUUUAGGAAUGGAUUAUAAAAAGAUACAUGCCUGUCCUAAUGAUUGUGUUUUAUACAGCAACAAUUUAGAAAAUGCAACCAGGUGCCCUACGUGCAAGACAUCGAGAUGGAAGAGAGGUAAAGAAGGUAAGAAAGGGAUUCCAGCUAAAGUAUUAUGGUAUUUUCCACCGAUACCAAGAUUUAUACGUUUGUUUCGGAAUCCAGAACAUGCUAAAAGUAGAAGAUGGCAUGAGGAUGGAAGGAUCAAAGAUGAUAAACUACAACAUCCAGCAGAUUCAUUAGCUUGGAAAACUAUCGAUGAGAAAUGGCCUGUAAUAAAAAAGGAUCCUAGGAAUCUUUGA